CGCGGAGUAGCGGUCCGGCUGGCUACGUAAUGACGUCCAGAUUGGACCGACUCCUGUUACUACUUGACACGGGGUCGUCAGCGUCCGUCAGAAUCACCGCAGCCAAACAACUAGCACAACUUGCCGCCAAGAGUGUGAUCAGCGAUGUCGCACUCGUCGAAGACGAUGUGAAGACCACACGAAACCAUGUGUUGAUCAGCGACUCUUCUGGCUGGUCCGAGCUUAUGGCCGUAGUUGCGAGAAUACUGCCAUACCUGCAUUCAAGAUCUCAUGAGACGCGAUCGGCAGCGUCCACUGCCCUUUCGCAGAUCUUCUCUCUCGUCCCUCUCUGGAAGCCCUGCCCAGAUGCGGACACGAAGCCGUACGGCGCGUCCGCCGUACUGCCCCCUCCAGAAUUCCCUUCCUUCUCUGUUCGCGAGCUCAUGGAGAAGGGCACCCUCCUCCUUGCGUCCUCGGGCAAGGAGUUUCAGAAGCCGACCGGCAUCCUCGCCAACUCGAACGAAGUCAAGAAGGCGCGCAAGGAGGCCAUGGGCCGCCUUGGCCUCGACUUCCUCGAAAGCGUGGGCGGCGCGGACGACAUGGACCUCGACAAGGAGCUCGCCGCGGAUGAGCCCGAUACGGACGUCGACAUGGCCGCCCCUGUACUGGUGAACACGGAGGAGGACGCCGCACCCAGUUCGCCAACCGAUGACUACGUGGACGUUAAGGUGAAGAAGGAGGACUCGGUCCCGGUAUUCGGACGGUCAAAUUCUUCGACGCCCCAGCUCGCCGCUUCUCCCGCGCCGGUAACAUCCGCCGCGGAAGACACCUCCGCGCUCUCUGCUCGAGAGCGAAACCGACUGAAGCGGAAGCGGAAGCCGGGCAAUGCUGCCGUCGUCGGCGCGCUUCCGCCUACGCAGGCUUCCGGUGCAAAGUACCAGGCGAUGGCCGCUGGCGGAAGCAAGGCGCGCCUUGUGGCUCGUGACGAACAGCCCUCGUCGAAGCAGCGUUUGGACAGCCCAAAGUCUCCAGUAGAAGGUCCAUCGCAAGACCGUGUCGUCAUCGAUCCGACGAAGGGCGGUGCCGUCGCCCCGAAGACAGAGAGCAAGUCGAAGGCGCUUGAGGUACAGCCUGGGACAUGGGUCUGGGAUGGCCUCGUUAAGCUACUUGAGGUGGACCUGUUCAGCGCUGCUUGGGAAGUACGACAUGGUGCCGCCAUGGCCCUUCGAGAAGUAUUGAAGCUUCAGGGAAAGUAUGGAGGAACGAAAGUGGACCUGUCUUGGGACGAGAACCUGAUCGCCCACGAGAGGUGGUGUAACGACCUCGCUAUCAAGUUUCUAUGCAUAUUCGUCCUCGAUCGAUUCGGAGACUUCGUCUCAGAUCAGGUCGUCGCUCCCGUGCGCGAGACGGUUUCACAGACGCUCGCGUCCCUUCUGCUGCACAUGCCUCGAAGAUCAGUUCUCCAUGUGCACAACGUUCUUCUACAGAUGAUCCGGCAAGACUUUCCAAUCCCUGUCAAGCCGACGAACGGCAAGUCAUUCAACAAGCACAACGACAAGAGCCACGUGUGGGAGGUGCGACAUGCGGGUCUACUGGGCAUCAAGUACGAGGUCGCUGUGAGGAGCGAUCUCGUAAGCUUGGACGUUCCCGAGGGUGACUGCAUGGAGGUUGAUGAUGGGAAGGAGGUGUUAAGGGGCGUCGUAGAUGCUGCGGUACUAGGCCUUGGUGAUCGCGACGAUGACGUGCGGUCGGUGGCAGCUUCCUGCUUGCUUCCGGUGGCUGCGUACCUGGUGGAGCGCUUGCCUGAAGAGCUAAGUCGAGUGCUUGCUGUCCUCUGGAGCUGUCUGAGCGACAUGAAGGACGACCUCAGUUCGAGUGUCGGGGCAGUCAUGGACUUAUUGGGUCAACUAGUGACGAAGAACCGGGUGAUCGAAAUCAUCGCCGACGAAUCGCGAUCACAUCCUAUCACGGUCCUUGCACCCACCCUCUUCCCCUUCUUCAGGCAUACGAUCGCCAACGUGCGGCUAGCCGUCGUCAAGACUCUCCACACGUUCAUGACGGUAGAGUCACUACCCCGAGGGUGGAUCUCUGUACCCUUCCUCCGUCUACUCUUUCAGAAUCUCGUCGUGGAAGAGCGCUCUGACAUUCGGGACGCGACGCUGACCACCUGGCGUGAGGUUCUAUCCAUCUUAAGCCAGACCAGUGGCUGGCUCGAGUCGUCGAUUGCGCAGCCGCUUCUCUUGGAGUGGUACGGGGUACUUAUGACGCCGCUCGGUCUCGCAUUGGACGCGACAUCCUUCUAUGACCCUAACCUCAGCGACAACAGCGCCCCGACCGAGAGGCAUAAUGUCGACAAGAAUAUGCUUGCACAAGACUUGUCCCUUGUGCCUGUCGAGGUAGUCAUGCAGGCAAGAUUGGCCGCGUCGGCGGCGCUAGCGCACAUCAUCGCUUUCUGGCCGUCUUCGCCAGCACCUGGAUCGCUAUCCGUUGACGACACGUUCCGUCCCAUCCUGACACAUUACAUCGACUCUACGAGCAUGCUCCAGAAGUUCCUUGCCGCCAUCAUCGCCGAAUGCUGGGCGCGCGAGUACGACAUCCGCGCUCCCCCAGAUAGCGCUCUCCUCAUCGAGGUUUCUCCGCUUGCCGCCGAGCUCAGCCAGAAGACCCUCGCAUUCCUCCAGGCGGAUCCUCCAGCAGCGUAUCACGAGAUGGCGUUCACGCUUGCGCGCAUCCACGGCGAGUGCCACAACCUCCUGCAGUCCUUCAUGUUCGAUUGCAAGCUUCCCGCCUCUGCCAUUCCGUCGCUUGGCACAGAGAUCGACGUCACGGGUACAAAGCCCGAAUGUUUCACGAUCGAGACAGCCCAAGCAGCCGUGGGGCCGAUGUUCGAUAAGCUCAAAGACAGCUUGGGCCGGACGAAGAAGCGCGAAUUGGCGAUCAUCAAGGACAAGCGGCUCAAGGUAGUAUCGAGCAUCGAACGGUACAUCGAAGUCAAGGCGCAGUAUGAUGUCAGAGUUGCGGCGGCCUUCGCUGCUGCGUUCGUGGCGUUCAAGAGCACUCCAGACAAGGUCAGCCCGAUUGUCAAGGGCAUCAUGAACAGCGUCAAGAACGAGGAGAAUUUGGACCUACAAACCCAUUCUGCAGCGGCAGUUGCGGCCUUCGUCGAAUUUUGCGUCAAUCGCGUUCUCACUCAGCCUCCGGAAAAGAUUGUCAAGAACCUGUGUACCUUCCUGUGCCAGGACGUCGACCAGACGCCCACAUUCCUGCACAACAGGAAGACGCUUCAUGGCGUUCUGUCGUUCAACAAGCAGGCCUCGGCACCGCAGAACGGCAGGGAUCACGCGAAUCCCACGGAAGAUCCUGCGAAAGCUAAGCUGUCUCGUCGCGGAGCACGACUUGCCUUCGAGAAACUCUCCGCGAAGUUCGGACCGAAGCUUUUGGAUGCCAUUCCGAGAAUGUGGCCUGCGAUUGCUGGGGGUUUGAUGAGCGCAUGCUCUGGAGACUCUGUCAGCGCAAUGGACGAAAAGAUCGAGAAGCGAGAAGGCCAGGACGUCAUCGAUUCACUAAGUGUCCUGGAGGCUGUUGUGCCCACCUUCCACGAAGAUCUAUCGUAUCACUUCGUCCAGCUGUUUCCGCAUGUCACCCUCGCCCUUCGCAGCCGUUUCGCUAUCGUUCGGCAGUCCGCGGCUCGGUGCUUCGCAACCAUCUGCGACGUGCUGACUUUGGACGCGAUGCGCUACGUCAUCGAGAAGGUUGUACCGUUCCUCGGCGACGCCUCUACAUUGGCGAACCGUCAGGGUGCUGUCGAGUUAAUAUAUCACAUCGUCCAAAAGCUCGAUAUCAAGGCGCUUCCCUACGUCAUCUUCAUGGUCGUGCCUGUGCUCGGACGUAUGAGCGACCCGGAUGAUGAUGUGCGUGCGACUGCCACAAAUACGUUCGCAUCGCUGGUGAAGAUGGUUCCGCUCGAAGCGGGAUUGCCGGAUCCGCCAAAUUUCCCGGAGGACUUGCUCAAGCGUCGGGAGGAGGAGCGUCAGUUCCUGAUGCAACUUCUCGACGGCAGCAAGGUGGAGCAGUACAACAUCCCUGUCACAAUCAAGGCCGAGCUGCGCAAGUACCAGCAGGAGGGCGUCAACUGGCUCGCGUUUCUCGCAAAGUACCAGCUCCAUGGCAUUCUCUGUGAUGACAUGGGUCUCGGAAAGACGCUCCAGUCGAUAUGCAUAUUGGCGAGCAAGCACCACGAGCGCGCGCAGAAGUAUAAGGAGACCAAGUCGCCUGACUCAAAACAUCUCCCCUCACUCAUUGUCUGUCCGCCGACGCUUACUGGGCACUGGUACUACGAGAUCCUCAAGUACACAGAGAACCUCAAGCCCGUGCUCUACACCGGUAACUCGCGAGAACGGUACAAGCUUCUAGGCAAGCUGAAGACGUAUGACGUCGUCGUUACGUCUUACGAAGUCGUUCGAAACGACAUCAGCAGCCUCCAGGACAUCAAUUGGCACUACUGCAUCCUUGAUGAGGGCCACAUCAUCAAGAAUGCCAAGACGAAGUUGACGAAAGCCGUCAAGCAGGUUAAGGCUGUCCACCGACUCAUCUUGUCCGGCACUCCCAUUCAGAACAACGUCCUCGAAUUGUGGAGUCUUUUUGACUUCCUGAUGCCCGGUUUCCUUGGCACCGAGGGAUCUUUCAACGAGCGCUUCUCCAAACCGAUAUUGUCGAAUCGCGAUGGCAAAGCCAAGACGGGCGAGGCUGCUGCCCUGGCACUCGAAGCUCUGCACAAGCAAGUCUUACCGUUCCUUCUCCGGCGACUCAAGGAGGACGUGCUCAACGACCUGCCGCCCAAGAUCAUCCAGGACUACUACUGCGAACUCUCAGAACUACAGAAGUUCUUGUACGACGACUUCUCCAAGUCGCGAGCCAAGAUACAGGCAGAGGAUGUCGUUCGAUCAAACAAGGAGAAGGACGGCGAGCAGACACACGUCUUUCAGUCACUACAGUAUCUCCGGAAGCUCUGCAAUCAUCCCGCCCUCGUCUUCAAGAACGACAAGGAGGCAAUCAAGGACGCUCUCACAAAGUCCGCCAUCAAUGCCUCAUCUGGCGAUCUCAGCGAUAUUCAGCAUGCUCCCAAGUUGCAAGCUCUUCGGCAACUUCUUCUCGAUUGCGGCAUUGGUCUCGCGCCCAGUGCUACAGGCGACACGACGAAGUCCGAGCUCCUGGACACAGAAGAGACAGCGACAGGAGCAUUCUCGCAGCAUCGUGUGCUCAUCUUCUGCCAGAUGAAGCAGAUGCUCGACAUCAUCGAGACAGACUUGUUCAAACAGCAUAUGCCCUCUGUCACCUACAUGCGUCUCGACGGCUCCACCGACGCCAAAAAGCGUCACGCGGUAGUUCAGACCUUCAACUCGGAUCCCAGUAUCGAUUGUCUCCUGCUAACGACGCACGUUGGUGGCCUGGGUCUCACCCUCACUGGCGCUGACACUGUCAUCUUCGUCGAGCACGACUGGAACCCAAUGAAGGACUUGCAGGCCAUGGAUCGUGCACAUCGGAUUGGGCAGAAGAAGGUGGUUAAUGUGUAUCGCCUGAUCACGAAGGGCACUCUGGAAGAGAAGAUCAUGGGUCUGCAGCGCUUCAAGCUCAACAUCGCCAACUCUAUCGUUACGCAGCAAAACUCAGGAUUGGCGUCGAUGGACACCGAUCUCGUCCUCGACCUCUUCAAGCGAACGACAGAAGAAGAGGACGCCGCGGCCGCAAAGAAGAAAGACAAGGACGCGAGCGGUGCGCCACCUGGCCAGAGGAACGUCCUGCGCGGGCUCGAGGACCUGCCGCCCGAAGAAGAGUACCAAGAGCUGGACCUCAAAAGCUUCAUGGGCUCGAUCGGCAGGAAGUAGGAGCCCUAGCCUCGUCCACGAUCGCGCGCACCUGUCAGCUCGCGUUCGUAUCCCUCCUUUGCGGAGACGCUGGUACAAUGUCUCGUUUCCCUCGCGCUUGCGCGAUUCGGCGCAGCCGGGCUGCUUCGUGUGUGUCCCUUAUCUUAUUCGUCUUGUACGCAACGCUGUCUGUUCCUGGACUUCCUCAUUGUCGUCGUUGUCAUUCCCAUCAUCGUCGCUUCUCGAUCACAUUUACACUCACUUCCUAUUCGCACAUUGACAUGUCACGGAUAUUAACUAGAUCAACUGCUAGAGACAAUGUAUUUCUGUAGCUGUACACCUAAAUAGUUGUAUGAUACAGUAUAAUCAAACACGC